AUGACGCAGUGGGAUCGCUCCUUGUUUGAUGGCGAUCUUCAAGCUCUAUUAGACGUGCGCCCUCCUGUUCCAAUAUCAAGGAUAAAUGCUCUUCGGGACUUGGCAUUGGCCCAUCGUGAACACUUGAACUAUAUCACACAGCGUAUUUUACGGUUCCUUGAAACGUCUCCACCUGACUAUCGAGUGGCCGGAUUGUACUUGAUCGACGCCAUUAUCCGAAAGCCCAAAGAUCAGCAGGCUGAAUGUGCAGUCAACGACUAUCGACUUCGAUUCCAGGCUGUACUACGUGACCAUGCGUUACAAGGGCUAUUCAGCUUAUGCAGUGAAGAGGAUAAGGCACGCGUUAUUAGAGUGUUUACGUAUUGGGCAGAGAAGCAUAUAUAUCCAAAGCACUUUGCAGAGCAGCUCAAGAUCGAUGCGAUAUAUGAGCCGAACGUACCGAGUCGACAACCUACAGUAAUCCCGAAUCAUAACGUGGCGGAUGAAAACCUGCAGCAGACAUUACAAACCCCAUUCCCAACGAUACCGAACAAUCCCACCGAUCUCACCCAUUUCCUGGCGAGCUUGCAGACCACUGCAACAAAUCAAACUGGUAUUCAGCAGGAUAAAUUUACAUGUCAGGCUUUACGCUCACUAUCAUCCUCAUUCAAUCUUCAAGAAUUAUCCCAUUAUCCACCCGCUUUGCAUCAUUUCCUUCAAGGUCUUCAUCUUGGAGCCCAUUUGCCAGCUAUCGCUUUCAAUAGUGCUUUGCCUUCUCUUUUCCAACCACCUCCACCGCCACCAUCACAACAACCUGCUCCAUACGCCACUACCGAUCUUCCAGGCAUGCAACAGACUUACACCAACAAUACCACCUUCGAUGACAAGUCAGCUGUCAAGUAUGAAUGUAUUCAGGAUGAAGUGGUGCCUUCAUGUCAAAUAGCUUUACAACAAGCUCAAUCGCAUUCCCCAUCGCCAUCUCUCUCAGUACCAACGUCAAGUACUACAGCCACGGAUCAUGAUAUGGUCCCUGUAAAACAAGAGCCCCUUGGAGAAAAUGAACCUGCUGUUGUCGAAUCGACCCAAUCUACGUCUCAACAUCCACCCUCAUCAUCCACCUCAAUUCCACAAGUACCUGCUUCAUCAGCAACACCACCACUACCAGCAGCUCAGCCUACAGCGACAACAUCAAUUGAACCUGUGAUGGCAUCCACUACAGCAUCAACCUCAAUGUCUUUGCCAAUGCCUUCACCAGAAGCCAUGUUGUCACCUAAGCAACCAUCACCACCACCUAUAUCGACAACGCCAAAUCCUCCUUUGUCAGAAACCAUUCCACCACCAAAGACACCACCAUUGCCACCUGUUGCCAAAGAGGAGCAUGUUGUACCUUCGAUUUCAAUGGAUGUAGCCGAAUCUCAAUUGACACCCUUUGAAGAUACAUCGACAAAUGAUUCCUUUAAGCGACCUCUUUCACCAUCAUUUGAAUCCAAAGACGAAGACAAAUCAAUUGAUUUAUCACAGGCUAUUGACAACAACGCCAAACGCCAACGUCGUGAACAAGAUGAAUUCCAUGAUUCCUCUAAUCAAAGUGCACAAUCUACGUCGUCGACACGAAAGCCUUCUCGUUGGGAUGUCAAAAGAGAUGAAGUUGCAAGACCCAAAACGCCUCCAUUGCCUCAACCCACAACGCCACCAUUGCCUCGACCCAAAACACCGCCGUUACCCCAAGAACCCCCUGCAGCAGCACCUACAACUGAAGUUGCCACGUCGAUUGGACCUGAUUCAACAAGUAUGAUGGAGGAUGUAGUGGAGCAAUCAACACCAUUGCAACAACAGCAAGAAUUGGAAAAGCAUACACAGCAGCAACAGGAUGAUCGGAUGUCUCAAACCAGUAAAUCCUCGAAUAGCACUCCAUCUAAUGCUAUGUCAUCACCACAGCAGCCCGCACAUGUUGUAAUGAACAAUGCCAUUCCACGGCCCAAGACACCACCAUCACCACCUGCGUCAUCCUUGUCAACACACAAUGAGCUUACAUCUAUUCCAACAAAGAACAUCCCUCGACCGAAAACACCACCCCUGCCGCCUCAGGUCACUGAAGAUGCUUUACAGUAUACAAUGGAUGAUCACAGCCAAUCGAAAUCAGCAAAGCGUCAUCACAGCCCCUCGCCAAGUAUCGAUAACAACAAUCGACAAAUGACAGAUAUGAAUGAGUCAGCAGAAGAUUCACAACAACAACAAUCAUUUGACAAUGCGAGCCCAUCAAACAAAAGGAGAAGGAAGGCAUCCAAUAAUGACAACGUUGAAGAAGAUACACGUAGCAAGCCGAAGCUAUCCGAUGAUGAAAGCAAAUUGGGCAAAGAGCUAAGCAGAGAGGACAACAAAGCGGCGUUGGCUGUAAAGAAAUCCAGUAAAGAAAAAGAGUCCAGUUCAACAAAGGAUCGUUCGACAUCGUCAUCACCAACAACAAAGAGUUCGACCACGAAAGAGGGAUCAUCACCAUCAACGAGACAUUCAAAAGAGAAGGAGGCAUCAUCAUCAACGAGGCAUUCAAAAGAGAAGGAGGCAUCAUCAUCAACGAGACAUUCAAAAGAGAAGGAGGCAUCACCAUCAACGAAGCAUUCAAAAGAGAGGGAGGCAUCGUCAUCGACGAGACAUUCAAAAGAGAAGGAGACAUCACCAUCAACGAGACAUUCAAAGGAAAAGGAUAAGGCAGCAAGAUCCCAUGAAUCGUCCAGUCGACCCUCUACAUCAUCCAGCAAAUCAACCAGUGAAAGAUCUUCAACGAGUAAAUCAAAUGAGAGAUCACAGGCACAUUCAUCCAAAUCCUCUGAAAAAAGCAGCAGCAAUGCGCGAUCAAAUGAGUCACCUCGAUCAUCCAGAGACAACAAUCACAAGCAGUCGCACAAAGAGAGGACCAAAGAUGAUACUUCAGAACGACAUCGAUCAGAGCGACAUAGUCAUUAUCGAAAUCGAGAUGCAUCGCCUUCUAGACAGGCUCACAAAGAUGAAGAUCGUGGAUUAUCAUCUCCCAAUACGUACUAUCCUCCUCAGCUAUAUUCACCAUCAGCACCUACCGCAACAUCUACACUAAGUCCUUUUGCACGUCCAGGCCCCGUUGCAGAUCCACGUUUGAAAAAAGGCUUUAUUAGAGUGAUGACGAGAACGAUGUACGUGGGUCCCAUGCCAUCUGAUGUCGAGGAACAGGAUAUCCGAGAUCUCUUUUCACGAUAUGGCGAGAUAUUGAGUAUCAAUUUCAACGACCGCCCUGACAGAAAACGGAAUGCGUUUGUGCAAUUUGGGAAUCGCGACUCAUUGACAGCAGCAAAGGAGGGAUCUCAAAACCUGCGUAUGGGAGGCAAACCUGUCACUGUCAAUUGGGCGUAUGGAUUUGGACCAAAGGCGUUAUACAGUUAUGAAAAGGGUGAUACGAUUAUCAAAUUGGAUGAAUUGACAAAGGAGGAGGCUGCAUUAUUACGCUCAGCACCAGUGGGUGGUUUCCAAGGAUCAAGAAUGAGGGAUCAAGUGAUUGUGGAGGAACCUGGGCCUCUUGGAGGUCGCCAAUCUACUUUGCGUCAACAACGACAAAAACCAAGUGCAUCACCACCACAGAGUGAACAUCGCCAGCAAUCAUAUGAGUCACCUAUGAUACAAAGCACACCACCUUCGCACCAUCACCAAUCCCCUAUUCAUCCACCAACGGCAUCAUCGUUGAGUCAACCGCCGCAGCCACAGUAUCAUGAAGUGCAUUAUCCCCAAGAGACAUAUCAUCAUCAUCAUCCUCCACAGCCUUUCAAUGGUUAUUAUCCUGCAGUUGCAUCACCCUCAUCAGCGAAUCCACCAGUUGAUCCCUAUCAAGGUGUCAAAUUUGAGCAGGUGCAGGAUUACGACGUGGCUCAGCCGGUUUAUCCAUAUCCAUACUAUUCUGGACCUCAUUAUCCACCACCACCACAAACAAGCGCUCCACCACCUCCACCUCCUAUGCAUCCUUCUUAUUACCAACACCCAUACCCUUAUCCCGAACAGGAUCCAAACGUGUAUUAUCAGCAUUAUUACUACCAGCAGCAACCAUCACCACAGCAACCACCGCAUAGCAACCCCUAUUACUAUGGAUACCAUGAUGGAUAUCGGUAG